AAAGAGAGCCGGUUCAAUCAGGAAGGAAAACAUUUACUGAGGACAGUAUCAAUUUCAUCGAGUUAACAUCAUGUCAUUGAUGUGAAGGUGGCAUGUUUUGCCGAGCAACACAUUGUCGCAGGAGAAGAGCUGCCCUUUGGCAGGCUGUUGCCUUGUUCAGCCCAUCUGCCGCAGGGAGAGGCUAACAGUGAAGCAACAUGUCCAGUGGGAAUGAGUCCUGUCUGUUUGAGAAUGGAUCGGUCAGCUUGCUCUCCUGCUUUGUUCAUGUGUGGGAGGAGUGGGCUGGACUUGGACAGUUCAAGGACUACCUCAGUGUCUUGGAGUAUCUGCUGUGGGUUUUCACACCUUUAGCUGUGGUCUUCAUCCUGCCUUUUCUCAUAGUUAUCCUCCUCUAUCUGUCCAUCCUCUUCCUCCACGUGUACAAGCGCAAGAACCAGUUGAGGGAAGCUUAUUCGAAUAACCUGUGGGAUGGUGCAAGGAAAACUCUGGCUACCAUAUGGGAUGGACAUGGAGCAAUAUGGCAUGGUUAUGAAAUCCAUGGUUUAGACAAGAUUCCAGAUGAAGGACCUGCACUAAUAGUUUAUUAUCAUGGCGCUAUUCCUAUAGACUACUAUUAUUUCUUGGCAAGUCUUGUUAUUCAGAAGGGAAGAACUUGUCAUUCAGUUGCUGACCAUAUUCUGUUCAAGAUCCCAGGGUUUAAGCUUCUCUUGGAGGUGUUUAGUGUGAUCCAUGGACCGCAGGAGGAGUGUGUGAAGGCCCUGCGGAAUGGACACCUCUUGGGCAUCUCUCCUGGAGGGGUACGGGAAGCCCUGUUCAGUGAUGAGACAUACUCUCUGUUCUGGGGCAAACGUAAAGGAUUUGCGCAAGUGGCCAUUGACUCUAAAGUGCCAAUAAUACCCAUGUUUACUCAAAACGUCAGAGAGGGAUUCCGGUCUCUUGGAACAUUAAAAUUUUUCAGAUGGGUGUACGAGAGGUUUCGCUUGCCAAUAGCACCUGUGUACGGAGGUUUUCCAGUUAAAUUUCGUACUUAUUUGGGUGACCCCAUUCCAUAUGACCCCAAACUCAAUGCAGCUGAGUUAGCUGAAAAGGUGCAAAAGGCUGUGCAAGCACUUAUCGACAAACAUCAGAAGAUACCUGGCAAUGUCCUCCGAGCUCUUUUGGAGCGAUUCCAGAGGGAACACAAAGAGGAGUAGCACACUUGCUUCUCUCAGACUGAACAAAUAAACAUACUGGAGAUUUUAUGAUAUUAAUACACCAUAAGAUGUGCGACUAUGUUACUGGUAGUUGAAGUAUCUAGAGUACGAGAACAAAAGUAUCAGCAUAUAUAGUAAUGUUGCAUAUCAAAUAAUGGUGCGUGUCUUUGUAACGUCUGGAUACACAUAGUCUUCUAUGCAUGUUUGAGAAUGUGAGGUCUUGAGCUUUUGUGUGAUUUCUUUUGAAUUUACAAUUUAUUUGCACAGGACCACUGCCAAAUUAGUUUUUUAUACACAAAGCCUUUGGUUACUUUUUAUGUCCAUUCUGUCUAAUUGGUGAAUCAUUAUUUUAUAGUAUAUUACAAUUUGGUAUAACUAAUGCUUUCAAGUCCAUUACAAUAUUUCUCUUCAUGAAUGAAUUAUAUAAAAAUUGUAUAUGUAUUAUUUAAUUAAUUGUAUAUUGUGAUUCAUGGGAGUUUGUAAGCACACUUAAUAUUAUGGUACAUUGAAGUUGAAUACUAGAGAUGACAAGUUUUAGUCAAAUUGUCUGCUGAGCUAAACGGGUCAGUACAUAAGUAUAAGUUAGUAUGCCCUGCUCUCAAAGCUUGCCUCAAAAGGGCCAAGUAAAAGUAUGCAUUUUGCAACUAUUAUUGUGUUUUUAUUACAGGCUACAAAGCAUACUAAUCAGCAUUCAUUAUGAUUCUGUAAUAUGUAUUUGAAUUCAUUACAUGCUAUUUCAACCAGCAUUAUGGCUCUUGAAUCUAAUGUGUUGUCAAGUCUGAUCUAGACUGUUUGGAAAUUAAUGGUUGUAAAUUUAUGCUUUUAUAACAGAUUUUAUUAUUCAAAAUAAAAUACAUAUGUGUUUGUAAGGUCUGGCACAGUUUUUAAUGCACCCUUGCUUACGCUUAGUAAACCUGUCAUCCUUUCCUUUAGGAAAAAACAUAAAUAUCAAAUGUCAGCAUGAGUAGUCUUCUUGUGAUCUGUCUGCACAUACACUGUAUAAAGUUUGUUAUAGGUUUGCAAAUGCACCAGUUUUACUGUUUAUAAAUCUGUUUGGUAUUGGUGGACAACAUGUGCAUCCAUUGUAAAUCCCCCCAAAAAAUUACUUGGAAAAAAUAAAAUGAAUUUUGUUUUG